GUCACAACAGGUACAGGACCCUGAGGGAUAAGGUCGGGGCACGACGCAGCACUGGCCGGUCGAGGCCGGCCUAGGAACCACCGUCAAAUGGACUGCCACUGUACGUAGGUACAAGUAAGUGACACCCUGGCCAAUCGUGGUUUUUGAUGCGUGGGCAGAAAGCCCCUUCCCCCUAAAUUCUGAUAUUAAAUAGAAAAUCACCACAUGAUUAAAAUACAAGUCGUGACCAAAAUAAAUUCCCUUGCUAGGAUUCGUCAUCUUCCUCCGCUCCUUUGAAACGCGGUCUCGGAUUGGCUGGCCGGUAAUCGCAUCUUCCUGUGUGUUAGGAUUAUUCAGUAUGACUGGGGUAGGUACGAGUCACAAGCUAACACCGUGCAGAGAGACGAGCCGCCCCCGUACCCCGUGCGCUGCAUGCCCCCGCUAGCCUGAGCCAACACCCCGACCCACGGGUGAUUUCCCCGAUAAUAAACUACUCAUCUAUAGAACUCCUUGGAUAAAAGGACACACGGUUAAAGUAACGGCGGAGGCCUACUUUUUUUGGCUCUUUAAAAUGGCGGAACUCGAUUUUCGUCUGCUCUUGGUGCUCCUGCUGGGAUGUACAUUGUGCUUGUCCGUGACGGCGGACGUCGAGAGCGAGGAGACUGGACCGGCUAACCCGCAGGUAGCCGGCGGGGACGGAGGAAGUAAAGACGAAGGCGCCAAUGACGAUGACGUGACGGAUCCCGGCGAGAUCGAAGAGGCAAACAAAUACCUGAGCCAGUAUGGAUACUAUGACGACGACGACAACAGGCCUACCCAGCGCUCGGGAUCCAACGUGGAGCGGGCCAUCGCGCUGCUGCAGUACAAGGCCCAUAUCCCCGUGACGGGGCGGCUGAACCGGGAGACGAUCGCCAUGAUGCGCCAGCCUCGCUGCGGGAACAAGGACUUCAACGGCCCGUCGGACCGGCUCCGUAGGCGCAGGAGGCGGUACUCGUUGUCCGGCAACAGUUGGUCCAAGAAGGAUCUCACUUACAAGUUCAUCAACUACACUCCCGAUCUGGGCCAGCGCACCACACGAGCCGAGAUCGUCCGGGCGUUCAACCUGUGGAGCCGGGCGGCCAACAUCAACUUCCGCGAGGUACGCCAGGGCCGGGCCGACAUCGACCUGCGCUUCGCCUACGGCAGUCACGGGGACGGCUACGAGUUUGACGGCAGAGGGGGCGUCCUGGCCCAUGCGUUCUUCCCCGGGCCGCAGGCCAUCAGCGGUGACGCUCAUUUCGACGAGAUAGAACGCUUUACGUCUAAUUCGAGAGAUGGUACCAACCUGUUUAUGGUGGCUGCCCACGAGUUGGGCCACAGCCUGGGACUGGGCCACUCGGACGUGGAAAACUCCAUGAUGGCGCCAAUCUACCAGGGCUACAGGCACGGAAUCCAACUCCAUAGAGACGACAUCAUGGCCAUACAGAGACUCUACGGUCGAAGAAGAGGAGCCCCUCCAACGACUCCAACUAGGCCGCCCAGCGGGCCCGUUGUGCCUCAACCCCCGAACAGGCCAAGCGUACCGACCACCCCUACAUGUAACAUUCGGGUGAGCGCGCUGUUGAGCACAUCGGCGAAUGACUUGCUCGCCUUCAGUAACAAUCAGUAUUGGCGCAUCGCCUACGACGGGCAGUCCUACUCGGUGGCCCGGGGCUACCCACAACAGUUCAGCAAUCGAUUCAAGGCGUUUUCGGGCGGGAGCCGGAGGACGCCACUGACGGCGGUAGACGCCGCCUACAAGCGAACGGAUGGGAGUCUUAGGUUCUUUAAAGGGACUGAAUUUUUCGAUUUCAGCGCGGGCGGGAGUCUCCUCCAGCAGGGCAACAUCAUCAGUCUCUUCCGUCGACGCCAGCGGCAGAGGGCGCCGUCCUCCAUCGACGCCGCGGUGUUGGUCCCCAAUGCCAACAACAUGGUCUACCUGUUCAAGGGCACGCAGUACUGGCGGCUCAACGACGAGGAUAGCCGGGUCGACCCGGGCUAUCCGCAGCCGCUCACAAAGUGGUCCCCGGAGCUCGCCACCGGUCGGAUCGACGGUGCCUUCUUCGCGACUGACUCGGUAUUCUUCAUAUCCGGGAACAACUACCGACGCUUCAUGUGGGACGGCUACAGCCUGGAGCCCGGCUCUUUCCAAUUCGACAGGAAGUUCUUUGGAUGCGGCCGAUUACAAGACGGCAGCAUCUACAAUUCAGCCGGCAACGGGCAAGCAUCGAGUAGGACCAUUCGUAAUUGGGCACUGGUGCCCGGCAUGUUGGCAGUCUCAAUAGCAGCGCGUCACCUGAUACUUCAUUAAAUGAAAUGAUAUUCUCUUUUAUUUCACCAACAAGGGAUUUGCUUUUAUCGAUAUAAGUGGCCAUUUAAAAAAAAAAAUUUAGGGGGGGGGGAACUGUUUUCAACGACUCCGUGCGUGAACAAAAGAGGGCGUAUGAUAACAAGUAGAGCGUGUACAGUACCCUUCGCUGGUUCACGCUCGCCAUUCACCGCUUAUGUGAUCUGUCACACCAGCGUGCGCUAAGCAGUAUGGUGUCUGCUAGUGCUUACAAGUUGGCACUAUUAUUUUCACCGAGAUUUACUUAUGCAUACCGCUUAUUACUGAACAGUUUGUUUUCAUUCUUAUUACUCACAUUUUGAAAACAGUCUCACUUUGUAGAAAAUGAGAAUGGGCAUCAUACCAACUGAACUCAAGCUGCCAAUAUUAUUAGUGGCUGAGUAAAUUUUGAUAUUUAUUUCAAUAAAGUUUGGUCGUUAUCGAUUAAAAAAAAAGAAACAGGGACCGGGAAAUGGGAGACAUUCUGAGACGUUUUCUGGAAGAAUACGUAGGCUACACGUGGGCCUACACGUGCACCGGCUACAAAAAUCUAUGAGCAUGCGCACGACUGCUUAGCAACCAAGGAACUUAGCCCCAUGUCGGCUGAUGCCGCAUGUGUCUCCAUUUUGGGCCAAAAAGUUUGUUCGUCUAUUAUAUUGCUGUUGUAAAAUGUUCAUCUGCUAUAGAAUGCCUGAUUGUGCUGGAUCACAUUAAAUGUAUAAUUACGAACUUUGGCAAAGUAUUUGUACUUUAUAGCUAUUAAGACAAAGUAGCUGAAAUUCUUAAGCUAAAGAGAUUAUACAAUUACUAUACAAUAAUGACUACGGCCUUUGUAAUAGCGACUCAUUGACUGAAUGUUAGAGACAUCAGAUUGUAAUUGUAGUACAAAACUGCAAUUGUAGACAUAGCGCCGGUGACCGCUGGAGGGCGCAAAGUUUGUGUAAUGAUAUACAAAACAACAUUCUCAUCUUUUCUAACAAUUCGUAAUGAUAAUUGGAUUUGAUCAAGCUCAAUACUGCAACAAAAUGAACAUGGCUUUUACAUAAUAAAAAGAAAUGCAUACCUUUUGAUAAGUAUUAACGAUUUUGUAAAAUGUCCAUAAAAAACAAGGGGAUACGAACAAAACCCGUGAACAACACUUUGCAUAAUCGGAACUUAAUGAUGAUCCCCGUGCAGUCUCGAGUUUCGCCCGAAAAAAUAUAUUUGUGUUAUUUUGUCAAUUGCUAUUUUCCCAGUAGUAACAAAGUUUUUCCCUUUUGAAUGACACAUCGAAUGAGAAAAUCCACCGAUGUUUAGUAACUGAAUUAUUUUCCUUUUAUAAAACUUCGUUGCGAUAAUUCGGCUCUCGCAGAGUGGGUUAUUGUGCGGAAAAUGAAAGCCUUUUUCCGAGGGUUGCAGAAAAAAAAAUUACAAAUUGAAAUUCGCCACAGGAGGAAAAAGAUCUAUCAUUUUGAAAAGCACGGGCCACGCAUAACGAAAAGUUAAUUUUUGUUUGUAAAUAUACUUUUUAAAUAGCAAAAAAGGACAUUCAUUUACCUAUUGGAAUUGACAUGGUUUUCAAGGUUAUAUAUAUAUUUAAAUAAUUAUAAUAUACUGUACAGCUAUAUUACGACCGAUGUUACCAUGUAAUCAAGUUGUGCAUGUAUGACCCUUAUUUUCGCGCAUUACAAUUUUGCAUCUUUCGGUCAGUAAAAAUAUAUUUCUUGUUCAUCUGAUUUUCUUCCUGUAUAAGACGUAUAAGACGAUUGCUCUUCCUGUCUGUCAUCCAUUGCUUGGAUUAAUACUUUGUUAUGUUUGCUGUUUUUCACGAAUCAAUUAAAAUAUUGUAAACAAACUGACAA